AUGGUUAGGGCGUCAACUGAUGGUAGUAAGAGCGUGAAAAAUUUCUCUUCAGCUAAACAUUUGCCGGCUGCAAAUAGCAGAAGAAUUCUUGCCGCUAAGACGAUAAACACCGCAGCAAGUCUAAGGGAGAUCUUCAAGAAGAAGCCAAAAGGUACUAAAGCCAAGGCUUCCAGUAGAAAUCACCUUUUGGGGAUCCAAUUGAAAGAUGUUUCCUUUCAAGCCACAUCAACACCGUCAAAUUCAUUAAUUCAUGAACCGUUAGAAGCAUACAAGGUCGAGGAGAUUCAAAAGCAAAUUGUCGCAAGGAAAACGGAAACUCAAGGUAAUAAUAAUACUGCAAAGAGAAAAAAAAAGCGAUUUCGAGGUUUACAAACAAAAAAGACUUCAGCUACAGCAGAAGAUGUUCUCCUCAUACAAAACUGUAUGCAAGGCAUUGAAGAGAACGAGUUGAAAGAUAGGGAAGUAUUUCCCAAUGCUAACCAGGAAGUCGAACUUGAAAGUGUGAGAACAAUUAACCAGAAUAUGUCUACCAAAAUCCUGAAGGUAAAUAAGUUUAUCGAGAAAAUUGGAAAUCAAUCAAGUGCAGCAACAGAGGGAACACUAAAAGAUCCUAUCGAUUUGUUACGAAAUCGACGCUACCACUUGAUUGCAAGGCGUAUCAAACAGGUUGCUACUGAUAAAAAUUUAUUGUAGUGCUGCUCCUUAAAUACUAUACAAGGUCCCAUCUAGGUAAGACUAAUUAAACGA